AUGGCAACCACCCUACUUCCGUCACAACUAACACCCUUCACCACCCAACUUUCUCUCUCCAAGCCCAAUCCCAGGCCCACCAUCUAUUGUGGGCCAAGAGACAACCGUGGGCCACUAGUAAAAGGCCGAGUACUAAGCACAGAAGCAAUCCAAGCAGUCCAAGCCCUAAAACGGGCCCAAAGAUCCACCGGAACAGUCCAAGAAACCCUUAACAAGACACUCAUACGUUUAAUCAAAGCCGACCUAAUUGCUACUCUACGUGAGCUUCUACGACAAGGUCACUGCGACCUCGCUUUAACCGUAUUCUCCACCGUCCGAUCAGAACCAUGGUACAAGACUGAUCUAUCCCUUUACGCUGAUUUGGUAUUAGCUUUGGAUAAGAUGGGUGGAAUGGAGGAAGAUAUUGACCGUUUGAUCGAGGGGUUGGAGAUGGAAAUCGACGGUGGGAAAGGGGGGAUUAAUUGGGAGGAUAAGAAGGGGUUGAGUAGGUUGGUGAAGGCGUUGAUUGGGGCUAAGAGGAGGGAAUCAAUGGUUAGGAUUUAUGGGGUUAUGAAGAAAUGUGGGUGGGGGUGUAGUGGUUCGGGUGUUGAAGUUGAUGAGUAUUUGGCUAAGGUUUUGAGUAAAGGGCUUAAGAGGUUUGGAGAGGAGAGUUUGGGGAGAGAAGUUGAGGUCGAUCUUGAGGUGUAUCUUAAUGCUUGUUUGGGUAGAGUUGGGGUUUAG